AUGACUCUCCUGUCUGCUGAUCCGGGGGGCCCCCUGUCACAUGCUUCUGAAGCACUUGAGGGCCCCCAAGUUUCUGCUGCUGCUGCUCCUGUUGCUGCUGCUGCUGCUGCUCCUGCUCCUGCUCCUGCUGCUGCUGCUGUCCCUGCUGCUGCGCAGCACAGGCACAAGAUUAGGCCUGCAGAUACUUUGCUGUCGAUUGCAGCUGAGUAUGGGGUGUCUGUACAGCAAUUAAUGCGGUGUAAUAAACUCUCUUCAACAGAUAUUUGGUUUCGUAAUCAUUUACUUAUUCCCUGUACAGCCCCUGAAGCAGCAAGACGUGCAGCAGCUGCAGCAGAGGGGUCCCCCCCAGCUGAGCAUGGGGGUGCCUCCGGGGCGCCCCCCGGUGCAGCUGCACCUGCAGCAGCAGCAGCAGCUGCUGCUGCAGCAGGGCCUCUCGACAACUCAGGUGUAUCUGCAGCUGGAGAAGUAGAGAAGAACAGCAAAGGGAAGGGGGGCCCCCAGGGGCCCCCUAAGGCAUACGAAGAUGAAUUGCAGAACAAUGCAAAUAUAGCUAUGCUUGUUGAGGGUUUGCUGCGAGAGACAGAUAUACACCCGAGGCUGGCGAGACAGCGGAUUAUGGCUCGAGGUCUGAGGUAUGAAGAGGCCCUUAAUGAUUGCAAAAGACUUAAAAAUCUACAGAGAGAGUUAGAUGUUUCCGCAGCAGAAAUAAUCUCUUACCUCCUUCUGCACGACCAAGAUAUCGAUGUGGCCCACACUGCACUCGUUGAAGACGCUAAUUGGCAUGCGAACAUUAUCCGGGACACUCGGGAGCGUUUGCGAAGUCAGCGAAGCUUCUCCUUCGGGUCUCUGCUUCCUUCAUCAUCAUCGAGGGGCCCCCAGCAGCAGCAGUAUAUGAGGGUUCAGGGGGCCCCCCCUAUUGUGGGUAUGGAGGGGCCCCCAGGGGGUUCAGCAGCAGGUGCUGCUGCUGCUGCUGCAGCAGCAGCAGGAGCAGCAGCAGAACCUUGGCGACCUGCUGCUGCUGAAGGUUUGAUAUCUUCUUCAUUGGGGCCGCAUAUAAUAGGCAACAGCUCUUCGUCUGUUGCAUCAAUAAAUACAAAUUACAUACCUUUCUUUUAUUCAUCAUCAAUUGAAGGUUUAAGAAGAAGAAGAGGAAGACAAACGCAUGCAGAUUCUGAUCUACACAUCGGUAAUACUAUAGGGGCCCCCCUGGGGGCCCCUAUUGGGGCCCUCGCUGCAGCACCAAUCGGAGCGUUGGUUGAACGAAGACCUCAGGAGACACCUUAA